UUGGAUCAGAUAUCAGUAAUUUUUCAAGAUGGCGACUUCCAUGUGAAGCAUGCAUCGUAUCAUCCAAUACUGAAUAUUGUCACUAACUAAUGAAAACUGUGGUCCAAUUCAGUCAUCGGUCACCAUGAAAAGAAAACAGCAGUCUGUAGCAUUGGCUGAAAGUAUUGACAGUGAUCAAGAGAACUCGGAGUCAGAUGAAAGUUUUUGUGAUGAUGGAGAGGGUGAUACAGAUGAUGCAGACCAAAGUGUUGCAAGGAACUCCAAAUCACCGCCAGAGAAAAAAGCCAAAAUCUCGAAAAAAGAGCUCUAUCGACCCCCGACCAAUGAGGAGUUAAAUCAACUGAAGGAAACAGAGAACCUGUUUCACUCCAGCCUCUUUAGACUUCAGGUCAGUGAGUUACUGAAUGAAGUCCAGCUGAAGGCAAAGAGACGGAAACAAAUGGAGGAAGCUGUGACGACCGUGUCUCAGAUGAUCAGGUCACUGAAGAAAACCGUGGAGCACGAGUUGCAGUCUCAAAAAUGGCUGAAGAACAUCAAGGCUCCAAUUCAUCAGAAACCCAGGGCUGUUAAAGGAAAGUUCCAGUUUGUGCCCCCCACAGAAAUCCUGACCACUGGCAGCUUUGUGACCGGGACCUGUAUCAAGCCCAACAUUACUGUAGAUCUAGUGGUGGUCAUUCCCCAGGAGUGUUUUCAGGAGAAAGAUUUCAUGAAUCACCGUUACUUGAGGAAAAGAGCCCUCUAUUUAGCUGUCAUUGCCAAGAGGCUGCACGAGAUUUAUGGAUUGAAGGAUCUCCAGUACACAUAUCACCAUGGAAAUGCACUGAAGCCAAGUCUGAUUGUAAACUUUCCAAGUGGAGAGCACAGGCCAGUCUGUCUAAACAUCACCGCUGUACCAGAGGAUGGGGUGUUCAAACUCAGCCGGUUCCACAUCAGUAAGAACAAUGUCCGUCGCCAGUGGUUCCUUGAGGAAGGGGCAGGGGACUCCGAUACAGAUAAGUCCUCCCCCACACCCUUCUACAACAACACUGUCCUCCAAGAUCUGACUCUGAGGGAAAACGCAACCUACUUACAGAGCACGCUGGGGGACAACCCAAACCUCAGGGACGGAAUCGCUCUCCUCAAAGUCUGGCUACGACAAAGGGAGCUAACUCAGGGGUUUGGCGGUUUCUCGGGAUUUCUGAUUUCCAUGUUUGUUGCGUAUUUAAUCACUCAGCGGAAAAUCAACCAUUUAAUGAGCAGCUACCAAGUCAUGCGGAACGUGAUUCUUCAUCUUGCCCAGAGCGAUUGGACAAAAGAGCCUUUGACCCUGUGUUCAUCCUUUGAUGCCUUUGAGCAGCCCGACCCUUGCUUGUUUUACGAGCACUUCGCCGUUACUUUUGUGGACGUCACCGGUUACGUUAAUUUGUGUUCAGAUAUCAGCAAGGGCCUCUAUGAUCGGGUUCGACACGAGGCAGACUUGGCCCUCAAGUUCCUCGAGAACCACUCAAUGGACAGCUUUGCUGCCCUCUUCAUGACGCCUGUGGAAUUCUUCAGGAAAUUCGAUGUCACAUUUCAAAUCCAGAACAUUUCCAAGACUGAAGUAGAAAAGUUGGGUAUAGAGAAUAAAUAUGUAGACUAUGGUGGGAACAUUGUCCAGUCCCUGGGGUCAGACCUGCACGCCCUGAUCAGUCGCGGACUGGGGCAGAGGGUCUGUGUCACACAGGUCAGACAGAGUCCGACCCCCAAGUGGGACAUCACUAGUGACCCUUCGGACUGCGAAUCAUCUGAGCCAGUCCAUGUCGGACUGUUGUUGAACCCGGAGUUCGCCUUCAGUGUCCUGGACAAGGGACCAUCCGCGGAGUCUCCGGAGGCCAAGGAGUUCCUCGACUUCUGGGGAGACCGGUCCGAACUCCGUCGAUUUAAAGAUGGCAGCGUGUGUGAAGCUGUUCCAUGGACCAAGAAAUCUCUGUUGUCAGAGAAACGAAUGGUGUGCUGCCGAGUUGUACAACAUGUUCUAGAGAGGCAUGUUGGAAUCAGCUCAGAGUCAGUGAAAUGUUUUGUUGAUCAGUUGGAUCCUUUGUUACAAUGUCCUGUAAAUAACGACUCAGAUGAUGUGUGUGGGACAGGAGAGGAGCAGCAUAACGACGUGAUACAGAAGUACGAUGAACUCUGUAAACUACUGAGGAACCUCAAGGACCUCCCCCUGUCAAUCAAUUCCAUUCAGGGCUCCGCCCCCGUCUUCAGAUACUCAGAGGUUUUCCCUCCACUACCGGCGCUGUGUAACAAAGAACAUGUGGUGGAAAAAGGAGGGAGGGAUCUACCCCAGAACUACACCAAACAGUGUCCACAAUAUAACAUGUCACUCAAUGUGAUCUGUUUACUGGAGGGCAGUGGGAAAUGGCCAGAUGAGAAGAAAGCAUUUAACCGACUAAUGGCUGCCUUCCAUAUACAGCUUGCAGAGUCAAUAAAGACACAGUAUGGUUUUCCAGUCUCUGUGUACCCAAGGCACAUUGAUAUUGUCAAGGACAACUACGUGUUCCGGGUGGUGCUGGGAUACACGCGGGAGAUCGCGCUUACUAAGAUGGUGAAGACGCCGGAGGGGAUGGUCAAGUACAAGGACAAUGAGGAAGCCCUGACCCUGGAGAGAGAGAUCCAGGGACUCCCCCGCCUCACCAGUACACUGCAUGGGAUCCAGCAGCUCCAUGCCUCGUUUAGCUCCACGGUGAGGCUGGUCAAGCGGUGGAUCGCGGCCCAACUCCUGGCCGAGUUUGUGUGUGAUGAAGCAGUUGAGAUCAUAGUGGCUCACCUGUAUCUCCACCCGUCACCGUACACCCCACCUAGUUCACCAAUGGUGGGCUUUCAGCGGUUCCUUUACCUGGUGGGUAACCACGAUUGGAAGAACAGUCCACUGAUGGUCAAUCUGAACGACGAGUUUACAGCUGAAGACUACCAGGAGAUCCUGGGCAGAUUCCAGAGGGAGCGUUCCUCACGGCCCCUCAUGUUCCUGUCCACUCCGUAUGACAAACACGCCUCCUCCUGGACCAGACACGCCCCCUCCGCCCCCCUACUGCAGCGACUGGUCGUUCUAGCCCGCGGGUCACUGGAUGUCCUCAACCGACUCAUACAGGAAGGGGCAGACAACUCCAGCUUUAAGCAACUUUUCCGGCCUCCACUGGAGACUUAUGACCUCAUCAUACAUCUGGCAAGGAAACAGUUGCCACGGCAACAUGAAGCAGUUGAUCGGGAAGUCAGUCAGCCUCCUGUGAAGACAAAAGGUCGUGUUGCUAAGAUCCCUGACCCCAUGGACAAGCUCCAGUACUUCCCUGUGUAUGACUAUGACCCGCCCUCUCUGUUCCUGAAUGAACUCAAGGAGAUAUAUGGUGACUUUGCCCUGUUCUUCUAUGACAAAUAUGGUGGAAAGUACAUAGCAGUGUUAUGGAAACCAACGGCCUUCACCCCCAAAGAUUUCAAGGUGUCCCAUUUGGCGGGGAGGAAAGUGAAGACGAUGGAAUCGGGUGAUAAGGACGUUACUGUGGUGCCUAACCUUGAGGCCAUUGUGGACGACUUUAGAAUUCUUGGACGAGGACUUGUGUCACACAUUCAUGUACAACACAGCAACUUAAAAUCCUAGUGUCACACACAAACAACACAAAUCCUAGUGUCACACAUACAUGUACAACACAGCAACAAAAAGUUGUAGUGUCACACACACAACGCAAAAUCCUAGUGUCACUCUUACACCACAGAACCCUAGUGUCACACCAGUACAAUACAGCAUCACAGAAUCCUAGGAUUACACCAGUACAAUACAGCAACACAAAACCCCAGUACACACCUGUACAAUACAGCAACACAAAAUCCUAGAGUCACACCUGUACAAUACAGCAACACAAAACCCUAGAGUCACACCUGUACAAUACAGCAACACAAAACCCUAGAGUCACACCUGUACAAUACAGCAACACAAAAUCCUAGAGUCACACCUGUACAAUACAGCAACACAAAAUCCUAGAGUCACACCAGUACAAUACAGCAACACAAAACCCUAGAGUCACACCAGUAUAAUACAGCAACACAAAACCCUAGAGUCACACCAGUACAAUACAGCAACACAAAAUCCUAGGAUUACACCAGUACAAUACAGCAACACAAAACCCUAGAGUCACACCAGUAUAAUACAGCAACACAAAAUCCUAGAGUCACACCAGUACAAUACAGCAACACAAAAUCCUAGAGUCACACCUGUACAAUACAGCAACACAAAAUCCUAGAGUCACACCAGUACAAUACAGCAACACAAAACCCCAGAGUCACACCAGUACAAUACAGCAACACAAAACCCUAGAGUCACACCAGUACAAUACAGCAACACAGAAUCCUAGGAUUACACCAGUACAAUACAGCAACACAAAAUCCUAGGAUUACACCAGUACAAUACAGCAACACAAAAUCCCAGAGUCACACCAGUUCAAUACAGCAACACAGAAUCCUAGGAUUACACCAGUACAAUACAGCAACACAAAAUCCUAGGAUUACACCAGGCAAGUACAAUACAGCAACACAAAAUCCUAGGAUUACACAAGUACAAUACAGCAACACAACACCCCAGAGUCACACCUGUACAAUACAGCAACACAAAAUCCUAGGAUUACACCAGUACAAUACAGCAACACAAAACCCUAGGAUUACACUAGUACAAUACAGCAACACAAAACCCUAGGAUAACACCAGUACAAUACAGCAACACAAAACCCUAGGAUUACACCAGUACAAUACAGCAACACAAAACCCUAGGAUUACACCAGUACAAUACAGCAACACAGAAUCCUAGGAUUACACCAGUACAAUACAGCAACACAAAACCCCAGAGUCACACCAGUACAAUACAGCAACACAAAAUCCAAAAGUCACACCAGUACAAUACAGCAACACAAAACUCUAGAGUCACACCAGUACAAUACAGCAACACAAAACCCUAGAGUCACACCAGUACAAUACAGCAACACAAAACCCCAGAGUCACACCAGUACAAUACAGUAACACAAAACCCCAGAGUCACACCAGUACAAUACAGCAACACAAAACCCUAGAGUCACACCAGUACAAUACAGCAACACAAAACCCUAGAGUCACACCAGUACAAUACAGCAACACAAAACCCCAGAGUCACACCAGUACAAUACAGUAACACAAAACCCCAGAGUCACACCAGUACAAUACAGCAACACAAAAUCCUAGGAUUACACCAGUACAAUACAUCAACACAAAAUCCUAGGAUUACACCAGUACAAUACAGCAACACAAAAUCCUAGGAUUACACCAGUACAAUACAGCAACACAAAAUCCUAGAGUCACACCAGUACAAUACAGCAACACAAAACCCCAGAGUCACACCAGUACAAUACAGUAACACAAAACCCCAGAGUCACACCAGUACAAUACAGCAACACAAAAUCCUAGAGUCACACCAGUAUAAUACAGCAACACAAAACCCUAGAGUCACACCAGUAUAAUACAGCAACACAAAACCCUAGAGUCACACCAGUACAAUACAGCAACACAGAAUCCUAGGAUUACACCUGGCAAGUACAAUACAGCAACACAACACCCCAGAGUCACACCGUACAGCACAAUAUCAUCUCUGAGUGGCUUUAUGUAAUAAGUUGCAAGGACAGCUACAUGUACAUAGUGUAACAAGGAUUGUACAUUCUACUUCUAGGACAAUGGGAGCACAAUGAUGUAUAUUUAGCUGAUUUUAUUCCUGCAAACAUCAAUAAAAAUGAAAAUCAUUCUUUA